AUGCAUCGUUUAUGCUGCGAAUUGGAGCAUCAAGGUCAAGUGCAAUUGGCUUGGAUGAAUCCAGGACGAAAGACAUAUAGCUACCAGAGAGAAGUGGGACCAGGGAAAGCACGCCUCCAAGGUCAGAAUUCCGAGCCUGGGGGUAUGGCUUCCACAGCCAAGGUCAGAAUGCAAGAUGACCGGAAUUCCGAGCCGGGAGGUAUGACGGAAAUCACGCCCUCAGGGCCAGAAUUCCAAACCUGGGGGGCUGCCUUCCGAAGCACAAGGUCAGAAUCCAAGAUGUGA